GACCACUAGUCUUGCCACUGUGACAGACAGGGUGUGUAGGCGAGGCUUGACCACUGGUCAGUGUGUGUGACGAGGCCCGGCUGUCGUCAUGUGGAGUGUAGGAGUGCCAGGAAUGGCGCUAUUUUCUCUUGGCCUUCUCGGACAUUUUGCUCUCAGUACCGCCCAGCACAUGCACGCGAGUCCCGCCAACUUCACGCCUGGCCUGACCGAGAACCUGGUCCUGAGCUGCAACAUCCACAGCCUUCUCUCAGCCGUCAGCGACAUCUUUGUCUUACAGAUUGAUAAAGAGGAAGGUGGCAACCUGGCUCCCAUAGCAACGGUAACUAAGAGUGGCGUCACUAUAAACACAAGCCGUCUGCAGAAACGAGUAAAUGCUACCGGCAAUUUGGACUUGAUCGGGAAUGCGCCUUACCUGAAUGUCACAUUGGACAGUCCAGUGGAGCAGGACAGCGGGAACUAUAUAUGUGCCGUAUCGGUGAUGGACAUGUUUGGGAAACUCGUCAAGCUGGAGUAUAAUAUCACCGUUACUUUCUCAAAAAUCACCUUUGAGGAAAUGACCGACAUCAUCUCCAAACUGACCAGUCACGUGACCGACAUACUGGAGGAGAACAAGCUCUUGAAGCAGACGAACAACCUCCUUACCUCCCGCCUCGACAAGCUCGAGAUAAAUCUACAGCAAGAAAAAGACAAAAACAACCAAUCCGAUUCCGACCUCGAGCAUCUCCUCGAAGACCUGAAGAAAAACAUCUCCGCAUGUUCGAAUACUUGUUCGGCACCGAUCAGCCCGCCGACUACAGUAUUGAGCAACCCCUCGACUACAGUAUCGAGUACCGUAGUAUCGAAUAAGGAUAUCCAGGACCUGAGGAAGAACCAGCUGUUUCUACAGCUCAGCGUGGAUUAUUUGAGCAAUACGACGAAUAAGAUGAUCGAUGAUAACUUGGUAGUGAAAGUGAAGGUCGAUGAUCUUGUCAAACGACUAUCGGCAGUGGAGCAGCUGUCAGGAAAGACAAAUCUUAAUCUAAUGGCAUUGCAGGCUGGCAUUCAGGUAGGGCGCUCGAUCAUCGCCUACGCCGGCACCUUCACCACCGGGGACUUGAACCAGGGCUCUGUCACCGCCGCUACCCACAUGUUCAAGGGUGACGUGGCGAGGGUCAAGAUCACCCAGACCUCGCAGAUCCCGAUCACUCUGGUCGGAGACUCCUGUCUCUUCAGCGGGGUUUACAUCUCAUGA